AUGUGGUUCGGUGUGGUGCCGGGUGGUUUGCUCCGUGUGGUGCCUUGCGGCGCCGUCUGCCUGCGCCGCGAUGGCAUGAAGGAGGCUAGGAGGCUGUUCCCACUGCUCAGCGUGGACAGCGUCGUGCGCCUCUUCGCGCUCGAGCUCGGCUCGGACGAGCCCGACCUCGCGCUCCUCUCCAUCGUGCUGGGCUACGUCGAACACCAGCUCACGGUGGCUGUCGCGGCCCGUGCCACUGCCGCCGCAACAGCAACAGCCGCCGCCCCACCGCCGGGAGAGGCGGUCGAGGAGGAGAGGGGGGAGGAAGAGGCGGCGUGCUCAUUCCCGCCCGUUCCCUGGCAGCCCGUGGAGGCGCUGCGGUGCCGCUUCGUGAGCCACGUGCUCGGCACCGUCGACCUGACGCAGUUCCGGCGUGGCGCGGGUGGCGGCACGGGCCGCGAGCUCGUGAACAAGGUGUCGGACGUGGUGUGGGGCACGCUGCACCGCUCCUACAACAAGGACCGUGCGCACAUCCACUCGCUCUACAGCUACCUCACGGUAGGACGAAGGCAGCUGCUGUUUAGCCACAGAGUGCCGGUGACGUCGCAGCGGCGCUCACGCCAGGCUAGGUACACUUCACGUGAAGUGGCUAAGGCUCGCGAGGGAGGUAGAGUCAGCGGUAUGGGGGCUGGGGUGUGCGUAGCCAACGUCACCCAAACCACAAAAUGGGUUUGGGUGACGUUUGAGGAAUGCGUUGAUGGUUUCGGCAAUGAUGGCUUUGAGAAGCCCGUGAACUUCUCGGGAGCGAAGCUCGAUGCGUUCGGCGUCGCGUUCGCCGUGUCAGCCGCGUGCCAGACCAGCCAAGAGUGA